AUGUAUGGUUUAUUAUUGGAAGGAUUACGUAACUUUAUCAUAACUAAAUGGUCCCAAGAAUUAUGGAUUGAAAUAUGUACACAAGCGAAUUCAACGGAAAUGCAAUUUGAAACACGUAAAGUAUACGAUGAAGCAUUGUUGCCGAAUUUAUUUCAAACUAGUGCUAAAGUACUCGAGACACCUGAAGAUGAAAUUAAAUUCGGUAUGGGUACAUCAUUUGUUGACUAUGUUGGCGGUAAAGGUUAUAAAGGUAUAUUACGUGUGCUUGGUAGAGAAUUACGUGAUUUUUUAAAUGGUCUAGAUAAUUUACAUGAAUUUCUACGUACAACUUAUCCAAAAAUUCGACCACCAUCAUUUUUCUGUGUGAAUGAAAGUAAAACAGGCAUUACACUGCAAUAUCGUUCACAUCGUAUUGGAUUUAUACCAUUCUUUUGUGGAUGGAUGACUGAAUUAUCAAGAGUUUUAUAUGAGAAAGAAAUGAAAAUUGAAAUCGUUGGUCAAAAUGAUCGUGGUAAACAAAUUGAAACAAUUCUACGUUUACAUUUUCAAAAUCUUUCAUUUGCUGAAUUAGAUGAAGAAUUGCCUGUACCAGCAAUAGUUUUCUUUGAAGCAUUCCCAUUUAAUUUUGUAUUUAAUCGUGGUAUGACAUUAUUGAAUAUUGGUAGAAGUAUGGCUAAUGCAUUGCCGAAUAUAGUUGGAAAAAAAGUAACCGAUAUAUUUAUACUAUGCAGACCAGUUAUACCAUUCACAUGGGAUGAUGUAAUGUUACACACAAAUAUCAUAUUUGAACUGACAAGUAGGGAAGUAAACAAAGAAAUUACACUCACUAAUGAACAGAACAAUAUAGGCGACCAAUCAGAUCCAAAUCGAGGCAAAUUAAAACUUCGAGGUCAAAUGAAAUAUAUGUCUGAAUGGGAUGCGAUAGAAAAUGAAAAAAGUAAACGAUUAGAAGAAAGUUUAAGAAGAUUAGAUGAAGAAAUGCGAAGAACUGAUGAUUUAUUAUACCAAAUGAUACCACGUUCUGUAGCUGAACGGCUUAGAGCUGGUGAAGCUGCAGUGGAUACUUGUGAAACAUUCGAUAAUGUUACCCUGUUAUUAAGUGAUGUAGUUGGAUUUACAACAAUAUGCAGUGGUCUGGAACCAUUGGAAGUUGUAGGUCUACUCAACAAACUUUAUUCAGUAUUCGAUGGAUUGACAGAAAAACAUAAAGUUUAUAAGGUUGAGACAAUCGGUGAUGCUUAUAUGAUAGCAUCAGGAUGUCCAACACGUACAGAUUAUCAUGGUCCAUUUAUUGCUGAGAUGGCACUCGAUAUGGUUGAGUCAGUGCAAACAGUUAAAGAUGAAUCUAAAGAUCCACCAGAAAGUUUACGAAUACGUGUUGGUAUUCAUACAGGACCAGCUGUGGCUGGUGUUGUAGGUGUAAAAAUGCCACGUUAUUGUUUAUUCGGUAGUACAGUUACAACAUCAGAACUAAUGGAACAAACUAGUUCACCUCAAAGAGUACAAGCUAGUGUGAAAGCAUAUGAAAAUCUCUCGAAAUAUGGUGUUUAUGAUUUAACUGAGAAAGGAAGAGUUGAAUUGAAAGAUGGUGGCACCAUACUCACCUAUUGGUUAAACGGUAGACAAAAUCCAUCAGAUGAUGAAAAAACUGCUAAAUUCUUAGAUGAAUUAAAUACUGAACGUGAACGAAUCGCUGAUUCCAAUAUGGCUUCAUCACAACAACGUUCUGGUGAAAGUUGGGAAUCAGUAACAGCUAGUCGUUGUAGUUCAGCUAGAACAUUGGCAUCAAAACGUAGUUCUUUGGCAUUUUCACAACGUGCCAGUUUAGCUGAUCAAGGAAUUGAUUUAAGUACAAUGGCAAGAAUUAAAAGUCUAGCAGAAACUAAUAAUAAACGUUCUAGUAUUGGAAAAUAAUAGAAUCAAAUGCAAUUGAACAGCAUGAAAUUGACAAAUGAACAAUAGAGAAACAGUUAGAAUGAAAGUGCAAGAAAGAGAAGAGUUCUGUAUUCUUUGUUUUAUUGAAAUUCACUUGAAUUAUUU